AUGGCGGGUGCUUCUGACAUUUCUGUGAGGCGGCGCGACAUUCUGUCAUCAAUCCUCUCUUCCAAACAUGCUGCGUUCCGUCGGUCGGCAGUUUCAGAGCCCUCGAAAUGCCACAAUAACCCUCACCGAUUGUCCACACUCUCCCGCCGUGGAUAUGCCGCUGUCACCGAUGUCUCCAACUUUCCCAAUGUCGGCGAGCAGUUGCAUGGCUUCACUCUCAAGCGUGUCAAGCAGGUGCCGGAGCUUGAGUUGACAGCUUUGCACCUUCAGCAUGACAAGACUGGCGCCGAAUAUUUGCACAUUGCCCGCGAGGAUGCGAACAAUGUCUUUUCCAUCGGUUUCAAGACCAACCCGCCAGAUGCCACCGGAGUGCCACACAUCCUCGAGCACACCACGUUAUGUGGUAGCGAGAAGUACCCUAUUCGCGACCCCUUCUUCAAGAUGCUGCCCCGCUCUCUGUCCAAUUUCAUGAACGCCUGGACUUUUGCCGACCACACUGGCUACCCGUUCGCGACGACGAAUGCCCAAGACUUCAAGAACCUCAUGUCCGUAUACCUCGAUGCGACACUACACCCACUACUCAAGGAGAACGAUUUCACGCAGGAGGGGUGGCGGUUGGGGCCUGAGAACCCACUAGCAAAAGAGUCAGAAGACCCGAAUGCUAAGCGCAUCGUGUUCAAGGGCGUGGUGUACAAUGAGAUGAAGGGCCAGAUGUCGGAUGCUAGCUACCUGUUCUAUACCAAAUUCCAGGACCACCUCUAUCCGGCCAUCAACAACUCCGGCGGCGACCCACAGAAGAUCACCGACCUGACUUGGGAACAGCUACGAAAGUUCCAUGCGGACCACUACCAUCCCAGCAACGCUAAGAUUCUUACCUAUGGAGAUAUGCCAUUAGUCGAGCAUCUGAAGGAGGUGGACAGUCGCUUGAACGGAUUUGACAAAAUCGCUGUGGAUCAAGAAGUGAAGGCUCCAAUCACUCUGGACGGCCCGAAGCAGGUUACGGUUGCUGGUCCCCUUGACCCUUUGGUACCUCAGGACAGGCAGUACAAGACUUCAGUUACCUGGUUGAUGGGAGAUACUGCAGACGCCGUGGAGAACUUUGCGCUUGGUGUGCUAAGCAGUUUGCUUAUGAGUGGAUACGGUUCGCCUCUGUACCGUAAUCUUGUCGAAUCUGGACUUGGUGCUGAUUUUAGUGCGAACACCGGCUACGACAGCGCAGGACGACGAGGUGUCUUUUCCAUUGGACUGGAUGCUGUAAAAGCAGACGACGUAGGCAAAGUCCGCCAAGUCAUAGCCGAGACCCUGCUCGAAGCGCGCAAGAACGGUUUCGACAAGAUCAAGGUUGAUGGCAUCCUACAUCAGUUGGAACUCUCGCUCAAGCACAAGACUGCCAACUUCGGAAUGGGUAUCCUCCAAAGACUGAAGCCUGGUUGGUUCAACGGUAUCGACCCCAUGGAAGCCCUCGCAUGGCAAGAAACAGUCGAUGCUUUCCAGAAGAAGCACGCUGAAGGCGGUUACCUGGAAAGCUUGAUCGAGAAGUACCUCCUCAAUGACAAGACCUUGUCCUUCACCAUGCAGCCCUCGGAGACAUUUAGCCAGGAGCUCGUGGACGAAGAAAGCCAACGACUAGCGGCGAAGAUUGCAGAGACUACCAAGCAAUUCCCAAGCGAACAGGAGGCACAGAAGUACUUAGAGGAGCGAGAGCUCCAGUUGCUGGAAGUACAAGAAAAGGCUAGGAACGAAGAUCUGAGCUGUCUCCCCACUGUCCAUGUGAAGGACAUCCCACGAGAGAAGGAAAGGAAGCCACUUCGGCAUACCGAGUUGGACGGUGUGAAGGUCCAAUGGCGUGAGGCACCCACCAAUGGUCUUACCUACUUCCGUGCGGUGCACAGAUUACAAGAUCUCCCAGACGAGCUUCGAGAGAUGAUCCCCCUAUUCACUAGCGCCAUCAUGCGUCUUGGUACUAAAGACAAGACGAUGGAACAGCUAGAGGAAUUGAUCAAGCUGAAGACAGGCGGCAUUUCCGUAGGAUACCACUCAUCACAGUCGCCUUUGUCACUGGAUGCAUACGAAGAAGGCAUGGCGUUCUCGGGCUACGCUUUCGAUCGCAACAUCCCUGACAUGUAUGAGCUUCUCCGAAUCAUCAUACAAGAGACCGACUUUGAUGGACCUGAAGCGGGCAAGAAAAUCCGAGAGCUCUUACAGAGUGCAGCAAGUGGUGCCAUCAACUCGAUUGCAGAGUCUGGCCACUCUUAUGCCAUGAGAUAUGCCGAAGCUGGCAUCAGUCCUGUUAGCCGCUUGGCAGAAGAAACCGGAGGCCUUACCCAAGUCAAGGUCAUGACAGCUCUCGCAUCGCAAGAGUCUCUUGAUGAGGUUAUUCAAAAACUCAAGGCCAUCCAGUCCUUUACUAUCGCAAACAGCAACCAGCUCCGCGUGGCGAUCAACUGCGGUAACGAAAGCUCAACACCAAACCAGGAAGCACUCCACCGCUUCUUGAACACCCUACCAAAGGAUGUUUCUGUACCUACGACCUCACAGCAAAAGCAGUACCCUCUAGCCUACACCGACGCCUCCAGCGCACCUCUCGAAAUUCUUGCCAAACUUCUCACUUUCAAGCAACUACAUCCUGAGAUUCGUGAAAAGGGUGGUGCGUAUGGAGGUGGCGCUUAUGCCCGUGGCCUGGGUGGUGUCUUUGGCAUGUACUCAUACCGCGAUCCCAACCCACAGAACAGCAUGAAAAUCAUGGCUGAAGCAGGACAAUGGGCGCGCGACCGCGCAUGGACACCUCAAGAUCUUGAAGAAGCUAAGCUUAGUGCAUUCCAAGGGUAUGAUGCGCCACAGAGUGUCAGUCGUGAGGGUAUGAGGUUGUUCCUAUCUGGCGUCACGGACGACAUGCUGCAGACGCGUCGCGAACGCCUACUCGACGUCACAGCUGAGCAGGUACAAGCCGUAGCCGAUCAAUUCCUUGUCAAGCGUGCCGAGGAGAGUAGUGUCGCCAUCUUGGGCGAACGCAAAGAUUGGGUCAAGGAGAACGACGGUUGGCAAUUCAGGGAUCUGGGUAUGUCGGAGAGCGCAAAGGCUGCUGAGGAGGCAGAGGGUAUUGCCCAAAAGGAGGACGAUGUGCCGGCUAUUGCAAGCUGA